AUGAUGUUUCUGUCAACGCUCCUCCCGCUGCGGCAGACAUUGACACUUUUGCCCCUUGUUGCUCUACUUCAAUGGCCCCUUCCUGUCAAUGGGCAAAACGCCGAUACGCCUUCCGAUUCGAACUUCAUUCGGCGUGGUUAUGAGCGCGCAGCGGUCAUUGGCUCCCACCUCUACCUCUCCGGCGGCGAAAUCUCCCAAUAUGGAACCGGCGAGAACGCCCUUCCCCCCGACGACCACCCUGCCACUGGCAUCUCCUCCGUCUUAUCAAUUGAUCUCUCCACCUCUUGGGACACCCGCAACGCCCCCUUCCAAUCCCAUACAUUUCCCGAUGGCGAUCGACCUCCUGUUUUUAACAACCACGCUCUCUGGCCCUGGAAAUCUUCAGAUGGUAAAGAUCAAGGGUUUUACAUCUACGGUGGCCAAGUAUCGUGGAAAGAAACGGUCAAGGAUGUGAGGAAGGACCGCGGAAUUUGGAAGUUUACUGUCGAUGGGCAGGGCGGGGGAGCGUGGACGGUUGAACAGGCCAGUAAUCCGGAGGUUUUGCGAGGAUUGAAUCUGACGGCGAGUAUGGCGUAUGCGGCAGGAGGUGGAAGGGGAUGGUCGAUCGGGGGAAUCAUGACGCCUGGCACCGAUCCGGAUGCGAACAUCACGUCAGGCCCGGGACUGAGGAUUCCGGGGAUGGUGGAGUAUGACUUUGCGACGGAAACGUGGACCAAUUAUACCGAGGUCGGGUUCCUCCCGAAAGGCCAGGCGUUGGAGGACGGAAGGGCGCACUUCGUUGAUGGACUUGGGGAGGACGGUAAAAACGGAGUGGUCAUGGUGUUCGGAGGGGGGGUCUUCAUCCUGGACGCGACGCGAAAGGGCGACUCGCGGGGGAUCACCCGCCCGGAUCUCCUCCUUGACUUCAACAACAUGACCUUCUUUGACGCACAGACGAAGAAGUGGUACUCGCAGACAACGACAGGCACACCGCCAACUUCCAGAAUGGGCCAUUGCGUCGCGGGCGUUCGAAGCCAAGCCGGUACCCACGAAAUCUUCGUCUACGGCGGCGCUGAUGCUGGGUUCACCGAGUCCUACGAUGACUUAUACGUUCUUUCCCUUCCCGGAUUUGUCUGGUUCCGCGUCGACGACCGUUCAAAUGGUGUUCAUUCUCACGGAACUUGCGCUGUGGUAGGCAAUCGUCAACUGUUGGUGAUAGGUGGGCAGAACGAGAAGGAUGGGUGGCCGGCAAUCUGGCAAAGUAAGGACCCGUUACCGCUCGGACUGGGCAUCUUUGAUAUGACCACCAUGGCUUGGAAGAGCAAUGGAAGCUAUGAUACGGAGGCUGCCGAGUACAGACCGGCUGAAGUGAUUGAGAAGUGGUACAAAGAUGGGGGUCUUGACAAAGUCCAGUGGGACUCGGAUGAUGUAAAGAAGAUGUUCCUGGCGACGCCUGUGAACUUUACAAAUUUGGAUGAGCCAAGUUCAUCAGACAAACCAUCAUCCGGCGGCGGCGGCAGUGAUUCCUCGGAUGGCAACACUGAUAAAAGCAAGGGCGAGUCCAGCAAGUCCAAGACCGGACCUAUCGUAGGGGGUAUCGUGGGGGGUUGCGUCGUCGUGCUAGGAGUCAUCGGUGGUUGGUUGUUUUGGAGAAGGAGGAACAAGAAAAAGAACUCCGCAGGCGCGUUAUCAUCGGCUGAACUUCCCGUCCAAGAGCCGUCACCCUCACCACCACCACAAGGCUUCUAUGAACCCUACGGACAGCACAAGGAGCUUCCGGUCCAUUCGGCAGCAACAGAGGUAUACACCCCGCCCACCGAACUCUCAAGUCAUGCUUACCGGUUCGAACUGGACCCCGACGCGAGACCAAACGAGUUGCAUGGGGAUGCAGGACCGAGGGCACAAGAACUUUCAUGA